AUGGAGGAUUCAGGCAUCCAGAGAGGUAUCUGGGAUGGAGAUGCCAAGGCUGUCCAACAAUGUCUGACAGACAUUUUUACCAGCGUAUAUACAACCUGCGACAUCCCAGAGAACGCCAUAUUCGGACCCUGUGUUCUGAGCCACACUUCCCUGUAUGACAGCAUAGCCUUCGUAGCCCUCAAGUCCACGGACAAGAGAACGGUACCUUAUAUCUUCCGGGUAGACACUUCGGCUGCAAAUGGUUCCUCAGAAGGUCUCAUGUGGCUGCGGCUGGUCCAAUCAGCCCGAGAUAAGGAAGAACAGAAUCUCGAAGCCUAUAUAAAAAACGGACAGCUGUUCUACCGCUCUCUCCGCAGGAUUGCCAAAGAUGAAGAGUUACUAGUUUGGUACGGGAAAGAACUGACUGAGUUGCUUUUGCUCUGCCCGUCUAGAUCUCAUAAAAUGAACGGGUCGGCUCCUUACACAUGCUUGGAAUGCAGCCAACGUUUCCAGUUUGAGUUUCCCUAUGUGGCACAUCUGCGAUUCCGCUGCCCCAAGAGACUUCACAGCACUGAUGCGAAUCCCCAAGACGAACAAGGGGGCGGCGUGGGCACCAAGGACCACGGCGGCGGUGGUGGUAAAGAGCAACAGCAGCAGCAACAGCAGCAGCAACAGGAGGCGCCGUUGAUCCCGGGCCACAAGUUCUGCAAAGCCGGCCCCAUACACCACUACCCCGCGUCGUCCCCGGAGGCGAGCAACCCGCCGGGUGCCACGGGUGCUGGCAGCGCCAAGCCGUCCACGGACUUCCACAACCUGGCUCGGGAACUGGAAAACUCCCGGGGAGGCAGCAGCUGCGCGGCGGCCCCAGGCAUCGGCGGUGGCGGCAGCGGCCACCAGGAGGCGGAGCUGAGUCCCGAAGGCGUCGCCGCGGGCGGCUGCAAAGGCAAGAGGCGGUUCCCGGAGGAGGCGGCGGCGGAGAGCGGCGGCGCGGGGCUGGCGGGCGGCCGUGCGCGCUUCUCCGAGCGGCCGCUGGCCACCUCCAAGGAGGAGCUGGUGUGCACCCCGCAGCAGUACCGCGCCGCCGGCAGCUACUUCGGCCUAGAGGAGAACGGCCGGCUCUUCGCGCCGCCCAGCCCCGAGACCGGCGAGGCGAAGCGCAGCGCCUUCGUGGAGGUGAAGAAGGCGGGCCGCACGGUAGGCUUGCAGGAGGAGGCGGCAGCAGCGGCGACAGACGGCGCAGGGGGCACGGCCGAGGACCCCGAGGCGGGAGGCGGUGUCGCCGGCGGUGGCAAUGGCUCGUCCACCCCCGCGGCGGGGUCGCCAGGGGCCCCCGAGAAGCUGCUGGCCCCGCGUCCCGGAGGCGCUCUGCCCGGCCGGCUGGAGGGUGGGAGCCCAGCGCGCGGCAGCGCAUUCACCUCGGUGUCGCAGCUGGGCAGCGGUGGCGGCUCGGCGACCGCGGGGACCGCGGGGGGCUCGGGAGGCGGCCAAGCGGCAGCAUCGGACGAGCGUAAGAGCGCCUUCUCGCAGCCCGCGCGCUCCUUCUCUCAGCUGUCCCCGCUGGUCCUCGGCCAGAAGCUGGGCGCGCUCGAGCCGUGUCACCCGGGAGACGGCGUGGGUCCCACCAGACUUUACCCGGCCACCGCCGAUCCGCUGGCUGUGAAACUGCAGGGGGCCGCGGACCUGAACGGAGCCUGCGGGCCCCUGGCGAGCGGUGGCGGCGGUGGCUUGCCCAAGCAGAGCCCCUUCCUCUACGCCACCGCCUUCUGGCCCAAGAGCUCGGCAGCGGCGGCUGCGGCGGCCGCGGCGGCCGCAGGGCCCCUGCAGCUGCAACUGCCCUCGGCGCUCACUCUGCUGCCGCCCUCCUUCACUUCGCUGUGUCUGCCCGCGCAGAACUGGUGCGCCAAGUGCAACGCCUCCUUCCGCAUGACCUCCGACCUGGUGUACCACAUGCGGUCUCAUCACAAAAAGGAGUAUGCCAUGGAGCCCCUGGUGAAGCGGCGGCGGGAGGAGAAACUCAAGUGCCCCAUUUGCAACGAAUCCUUCAGGGAGCGUCACCACCUGUCUAGGCACAUGACCUCGCAUAAUUGAUGCGUAAAAGACUCCGGCUUUCCACGCGUGUGCACGCACAGUCAAGCCACCUGCAGGAGCAGACACGCGAGGACAUCCGCCACUACCUUAUGCCCCCAAACACUGCAACCAAACACGUGCACACACAGGUCCCUCCCCUUGCCAGGAACCUCAUCAUCCAAAUG